CUUCAAAUUGUUCGCAUUCAAUUUACAUUGUGGUAACGUGCGCGAUAGAAGAAAAAAAAUUAAAUGAUUUUAAAUUCAAUAUCAAUUUUAAUUUGUAAGUUGAUGUAAAGAAAACUUGAAAAGUGACAAUUAAUAGGAAAAAAAAAUAUUCGCAUGAGAUUCCCGAGUGCCCGUGAUUCAAGUAAUGUGAUGUUUACAUAAGAAAUGCAAAGAUUGUGAGAAAGAGAGGAAAAAAGUGCAAUCCUAGCUUAAGCCAUAGAGCGAUGUCCACUUAGAGUGUGAAAUAAUAAAGAAGAAAAAAAAGUUUUAAUUUAAAAUAAGUUUUUCAAGUCCAUGAAUUGAAAUUUAAGGUUCGAUACGCCUAGCAAACUUUGCCAAGGUUAAUUUAGGCAUAUUUCUUGUGUGAAAUAGAUUUUUAAAAUUAUAAUAAUACCAAAAAUAAAAUGAUGAAAAGCAGUGAUGAGAAGUGUGAUGAUGUUGAGAGAGGAAUAAAGCAACAAUACAUACAUAGUAAAACAUACAACAACAAUGAGAAUGAAAUAAAAACAAACAGCAAAAACGAGUUAAUAAACGUUGACAGCAGCAGUGAACAGAAAUUGUUUUCAGUUAACUUUAGUCUUGGCUUAAAGAUAGUUGGCUCGCUCAUCGUUUUAGCGUUGGCCUCAUUAUUCGCAAUAUACAUGGAUAACUACAAUAUUGGAUUACUUACUGCAUUUGUUGCACUUUUGAUAAUCAUAUUCAUCACUGGAUUAAACAAAUGGUUCUACAUUGCAGGAGUCACAGCUCCAAGAGAUAUUCUAGCUGUGACGAGAUUCAUAAAACUUUUACUUUUCAUAAGAAAGCUUGCAAGUAAAAACUAUUCAGCAGCUGAUUUAUUUGAGACGCAAGUUGAGAAACAUCCGAAUAAAAUAUGUCUGAUGAUGGAAGAUCGUCAGUUUACCUUUAAGGAGAUCAAUGACUUGAAGAAUCGAGUAUCGAAUCUUUUCAUACAGAAUGGCUUUAAACAUGGAGAUAAAGUAGCUUUAUUAAUGGAAAAUAGACCGGAAUUUGUAGCAAUAUGGUUGGGAUUAUCAAAAAUUGGUGUCGUAAUUCCUUUAAUAAAUCACAAUUUAAGAAAGCAAUCGCUGCUUCAUUCCCUAACGAUCGCAAAUUGUACAGCGGUCAUAUUUGGAGAAUCGCUGACAGAAUCCAUCACAGAAAUCAAAGACCAAAUCCCGUCUACAAUGGUUCUAUAUCAAUUCAAUGAUGAUAUCAACUUGCCAACUUAUGGAAAUGCUAAAGACUUGCACACUCUUUUGAGUCAAGUUCCACGAGAUCCUCCAGCACAAUCAACAUUCAAGAAACCUGAUCAACAUGAUCAAUUGAUGUAUAUUUACACAAGUGGAACCACUGGAUUGCCAAAGGCUGCAAUUAUUUCCCAUAACAGAUACUUUUAUCUGGCAGCUGCUAUACACAUUGUUGCUGGUUUUACACCACGUGAUAUUUAUUAUAGUCCACUACCGCUAUAUCAUACUGCUAGUGGAUGUAUGAGUGUUGGACAAAUGAUAAUAUUUGGAUCGACCGUUGCACUUCGUAAAAAGUUCUCAGCUUCAGCCUAUUUUGCCGAUUGUGCAAAAUUCAAAGCUACUAUCGCACAAUAUAUUGGAGAAAUGUGUCGUUAUUGUCUCUCAACUCCCGGACAGUCAACUGAUAGUAAUCACAACAUAAGAUUAAUGUUUGGCAAUGGUUUGAGACCACAGAUUUGGCCUCAAUUCGUUAAGCGCUUUAAUAUUAAGCGUGUUGCUGAAUUUUAUGGAGCAACAGAAGGAAAUGCUAGCAUAGUUAAUAUUGACAAUACAGUCGGUGCAAUUGGCUUUGUCUCACGAAUUCUUCCAUUCGUCUAUCCAAUAUCUAUUAUUAAAGCGGAUCCAGAUACAGGAGAUCCAAUCCGCGAUAAAAAUGGUUUGUGCCAAGUAUGCAAUCCAAAUGAGCCCGGUGUAUUCAUUGGGAAAAUUACGUCUAAUCCAUCAAGAGCAUUCCUCGGUUACGUCGACAAAAGAGCAUCAGAAAAGAAAGUUAUACAUGAUGUCUUUAGAAAGGGUGAUUCAGCUUUUCUCUCCGGUGAUCUUUUAAUUGCUGAUGAUAGAGGAAACUUAUUCUUUGUUGAUCGGACAGGAGAUACCUUCCGAUGGAAGGGCGAAAAUUGUAGCACAAGUGAAAUUGAAGCACAAGUUAGUAAUGAAGCUGAUUAUAGAGAUUGUGUUGUGUAUGGUGUUGAGAUUCCAAAUGUAGAAGGUCGAGCUGGCAUGGCAGCUAUUGUAGAUCCAGAAAGAUCUUUAGAAAUUAGAACAUUAAAUGCAAACUUGAGGAAAUCCUUGCCAAAUUAUGCUCGUCCACAAUUUAUUAGAAUUUUGGAGAAAAUAGACAUGACUGGAACAUGUAAGCUUAAGAAAUUAGAUCUACAAAAGGAUGGAUUUAAUCCUAGUAUCAUAACUGAUAAAGUUUACUUCCUUAACACAAGAACUAACGAAUAUGAGCUUUUAACACCUGAAGUCUAUGACAAAAUAAACAACAAUGAGAUUCGAUUUUAAGGAAUAUGAAAAUCAAAAGACAUAUUUCAGCUUUCAUAUAAAGUUAGGCAAUGUAAUUAAUAAAUUUUUAAAUUCAAAUUUCUACGUAAGUUAGUGGAUAGAUUUAUAGCUUGUGCGGGUAGCUUUGUUGAAGUCAAUUAUUAUUAUUUAUGUUAAUCUUAUUGGUUGAAGAUAUUAAAAAAAUAGUGAUAUUCCUCUAAUGAAACAAUAAAAAUUUCAGUUUUAAUGGAAUUGAGCGAGAAUUUUUGACGGAUUUUUAAAAUUUGAAUUUUUAACAGACUUUUCAAAUUUAAAUUUUGUAGAAUAAGGCUUUGUGCUAAAAAAUUUGAAUAAAAAACCGUUAAAAAUUUUAAUCUUCUGAAAAAGCUCUUUUUUAAAAAAACCUUUUAAGAGUAACUGAAUUAGAUUAAGAUCUAUUAUGAUUAAUUUUUUGAAUAAAGUGUU